UUGCAGGUGUCACUGCCCAGACUGGCCCCUGGGUUUGGGGCGUGCGCGCAUGCUCUGCGCGGGUCCGGCGGCUGAGAGCGGCGGUGGGGCAGUCUGUCUCUGUGCGUGUCGGUUUGGCUGUCACGACGUUGUGGGUGUCGGCGCGAGGCGGAGCCGGGCCAGCGGGACUGGAAGGCUACGGCACCGGGAGGUAGAGCUUGGGAUUUGAGUCAUGCUGAUGAAGUAUGGAGUCCUCUUUGCUAACUUCACCCAGAUCAGAGAAAAGCUGCUUCACUAAAGACACAUAAAGAAAACAAUGACCAGAGGAGCCCUGCAGACGCCAACUGUGCAGCUUGUAUCUUCUGUUCUCAGCCCAGCAGGACUAAUGACUUACACGUUAAAGAAAAUGAUCUAUUCGUCAUAUAUUUUUAGCAGUUAAUUUUUAUCAGUGUGUCCAACUUAUAAAAUUUAAAUGUUAUCAAACCUGGAAGGCCUUGUUUAAAAUAGGUUGCUUUUUAGCUUUCAGAAAUUCACCAUUUACUUUGUUUUUACAUAUGAAAGUCCUCAGAAAUGUAGCCCAUCAGGAACAAUAUGGACUUGGAAGCAUACAGUCUUAUUGUGGAUUGCCGUGGAAUUCAGUGGACAGCGCAACAUCACCCAUUUUCUUGUCCAGAAUACCACAUCAACACACUACUUUAAUGCAAAAGAAGUCGCUUGAAAAUGGCCUGGGUGAAAUUCUUGCGGAAGCCUAGUGGUAACCUUGGCAAAGCCUAUCCAGCUGGAAGCUUGCUGUCCCUGGCCCCUACUGUAGGCCUGUUAAAUGAGCCUGGACAGAACAGCUGCUUUCUUAACAGUGCUGUACAGGUUUUAUGGCAAUUAGAUAUAUUCCGAAGAAGCUUGAGAGUUCUGACUGGACAUAUAUGUCAGGGAGAUGCCUGUAUAUUUUGUGCACUGAAGACAAUAUUUGCACAAUUUCAACACAGUCGAGAAAAAGCACUUCCCUCAGAUAACAUAAGGCAUGCUCUUGCAGAGAGCUUCAAAGAUGAGCAGAGAUUUCAGCUUGGCCUCAUGGAUGAUGCUGCCGAGUGCUUUGAAAAUAUACUGGCAAGAAUUCAUUUUCACCUGGUGCCAAACAGGGAUGCAGACAUGUGCACCUCUAAAUCGUGUGUGACUCAUCAGAAGUUUGCCAUGACUCUGUAUGAACAGUGUGUGUGCCGCAGCUGUGGAGCGUCCUCAGACCCUCUGCCCUUCACGGAAUUCGUGCGGUACAUUUCUACAACAGCCCUGUGCAAUGAAGUUGAAAGAAUGAUGGAAAGGCAUGAACGAUUUAAACCAGAGAUGUUCGCAGACUUGCUGCAAGCUGCAAAUACAGCAGAUGACUACCGGAAGUGCCCUAGUAACUGUGGCCAAAAAAUAAAAAUCCGCCGUGUUUUAAUGAAUUGCCCAGAGAUUGUUACAAUUGGAUUAGUCUGGGACUCUGAGCACUCUGACUUGACUGAAGAUGUUGUUCGAAGUCUAGCCACGCAUCUCUACCUUCCUGGGCUUUUUUACAGGGUUACUGAUGAAAAUGCCGUAGACAGUGAACUGCACCUUGUUGGUAUGAUCUGUUACACCAGCCGACACUACUGUGCCUUCGCGUUUCAUACCAAGAGCUCCAAGUGGGUGUUUUUUGAUGAUGCACUUGUGAAGGAGAUCGGAACCAGAUGGAAAGAUGUGGUCUCCAAGUGCAUACGAUGCCACUUACAGCCACUUUUGCUGUUUUAUGCAAACCCAGAUGGUACAGCAGUCUCUACUGAGGACGCACUCAAGCAGGUUGUCCACUGGUCACAUUACAAAUCUGUUGAAGAAAAUAUGGGAUGUGAAAAGCCUAUCAUUUAUAAACCAGAUAAUUUGAAGGAAAAUGGAUUUGGUGGUCAGAUAAAACAGAAAGAAAAUCACAAAUAUCAAGGUGAUAACAUUUCCUCCUUUAAUCGGAGCCAAGUGCAGACAAGUGGAAGGAGAGCACCAGUUAAGUUAAGCCAUGAUCAAAGAGAAAAGAUAAAAGACAUUUCCAGAGAAUGUGCUCUGAAAGCCAUGGAACAGAAAAAUGCACUUUCUUCUCAACGGAAAGAGUUAGAAAAGGGACAGAGGAAAGACAUAGGCCGGCACAGGGAUGUGGUUGAUGAAGACCUGUCAUCUUUCAAGUCUGCUUCACCUCCUGCUUCAGAUGGCUUCAGACAACAAGGGAACCCCCAUCUGUACCACAGCCAAGGCAAAGGACCCUGUAAACAUGACCGAGCUGCCUCUGAGAGCUCCUCCUCAGGAAAAGUGAUGAGUUCAAGCAGAUCCCAGAAUCCUCUUGUUCCUGGAGAGAAGACAACGGGCAAAGCUAAGAGUGACAGUGGCACUGGUUAUGAUACAGACAGCAGCCAAGAUUCAAGGGACAAAGGAGGCAGCUAUGGUAGUAGAACUAAAAGCCGCCACCGAGGCUGGAAACCCAUGAGAGAAACAUUAAACGUCGAUAGUGUUUUUAGUGAAAGUGAGAAAAGGCAGCAUAGUCCAAGGCGGAAGUCAGAUAUUGGGAACAGACCUAAAUGCAGCAAGGACCAGAGUUGUAAUAACUGGCCAAAAGCAAACCCAAAGCGAAAAGGCUUAAUGACCAUAUAUGAAGAUGAAAUGAAACAAGAGGCAGGAAGCAGAAGUUCCCAUGAACCUAAUGGGAAAGGAGCAGAGAAAAACACAGGUGCUGCCGAGAGCAGAGGUCCUGGAAGCAGCUGGCAGAUGCAGAGGACAGAGUCUGGGUAUGAGAGCAGUGAUCAUGUCAGUAAUGGAUCUGCUAGCUUGGACUCUCCUGGUGUUGAUGGAAGUGGGGCAGUCAUGGAUGUCGGUGGUGGUAAAGGCUUCAGUGAGCAGAUUAAGAUGAACAGCUCAAACAUGGACAGUGUGGAGUGUGUAUCUCAUCAGAGCAACGACCUCCCAGAAGGCUUUAGAAAAGACCUCCAGGACUUGGAAGCAGAUGAUAAAUCUUAUGAGCUCCACCCAGAAUCACAUGUGCAAAUAAAAAACCAUUUGGCAAAAAGGUCACAGAUUGGUGAAACCAAUGACAAGCUGUUUCCUUCAGCCAGCUCACAAACACCUGCAAGAGAGUAUGUCUACCAGACAAAUGAACAGAAAGGAGAAAAACCAGAUAGGACCAAAUGUUCUGAGUGGCGUAAUACAGACAUUUCUGAAGGAAUGGGUUUGCCAUUUCAUGUUGAUGAGAGUUCUGUGGCUGGGAAGAGAGUCAACAGUAACGAAACAGUCUCGCCAUCUUCAUUGUCUUCCUCUGUGAGAACUGCUGGGUUAAAGCCCGAAACUGGACCCGUCAUAUUUUGGCCACAGCAAAACAUCACAGAACAGGGUUACUCUGAGAAUUUGCUGUCCAGAGAACUCACACGUCAGUCUGCCUGCAAUGCUGAUAGUUGCCAGAUGCCAAAACUCCACUGCCACCGUUCACCACCCCCUUUGCCACCAAAGAAAUACUCUACAACCAGUGUGCCCAGGUUAGAGAGAGCUGGAUUUAUACCUGACGUCAGGCUUCCCGAGGCAUUUAACACUAAUUUCUCCAGUCUUCCAAAACACAGCUUGAGUACAGCCUCAGGACCAAGUUCAGAAGGGAGUGCGUACAUGACCCAGGAAAAAGAUAAAGAAACCAUUCAAGUGAAGCACCAGGCUGCCAACAGCUGCCCAUCUAGUUGUUCAACUGGUGGUUUUCAGGCAAACUCAAAAGCACUCGUCAAUAUGUUUUGCCAUCCAGAUCAAGACUCUAGGUCUGUGUGUCCCAGUGAAACAGUUUCGUUAACUACCUAUUUCUCAGUUGAUAGUUGCAUGACUGAUACGUACAGAUUGAAGUACCAUCAAAGACCCAAGCUCUGUUUUCCGGAGAGCAGUGGCCAUUGUAGUGAUAAGUCACUGUCUCAGACUGAGCAGGUAGAGGGAUCUAUUACAUAAUGGUCCUUUCUUCAACCUGCCCUCCGAGCAAAGAUAAAAACCCUGGCAUGCAUUGUUUGAUAAAUGAACCAGCCAUUAAAAAUACCAACUGAUAAAACCUAAUGAUAUAUAAAAUAAAACCUGUUAUUUUGAAAAUUAUUAAUCAGGUUAACAUAUAUUUUAUGAUCAAUUUACUGAAUAUUUUAGAAAUUUCCUUUGGUCUUGGCGUGCCUUGAAAAAUAAGGAAGUAUAUAAUUAAUUUGCUGUAUGUAAGAGUUGAGCAAGCGCCGUGCCUCCUACUGUUAGGUAGCAGGUGUUUAACUACUGUACUUCAGUGUAGGCUGGGGAGUUCUGCUAAAUAAGAAGUACAGCGUGUCCAGGAAAGCAUAUCCGCUUUCGCAGAGCACUUUCUGGUGGGUAACCAAAAGAUGGCUAUACCCACAUGCUUUUGACUUCUAUGACAGUCUAAUACAAGUGAUCUUUCAAGUGUCUUAAAAAUGCCCAUGGAUUUGCUAUGUUAUCAUCUGGAAAGCAUUUGCUUAAUGAUGAACAAUUUUUAAUAAAAAUAUCAAGGUCAUAUAAAAUUUACUUUGUUCCUAGAACUUUUCAGAGUGUCUAUCAUAAUUAGCCAUUAUAACUUGUACCCAAAAAUAUUUCAGUCAUGUAAGUUAAAAAUAAAAAUAUGGUAGUAUAUUUAUCUUAUUUAAUUGUCUUCUAGCUUUAUAUGAAAUGUGAAAGAUCUUCCCUUUGGUUUGAUUUACUUUAGGCUGCUAUUAACCAAUGUUACAAGUUAACUUUGGGCUUCUUCUCGGGAUGGUCACUGCUGCUUUGAUCACUAAAAGAUUGCUAGAUGGUCUGUGCUUUUACUAUUGAGGCUUCCAGGUUAAAUUUCUGCCUUUAUAUAAGGUUUAAUCUUAAUGAAAUGUUUUUUUUUUUUUUUUUUUAACUUAAACAAAUAAUAGCUUUAGCUCCACUACCAUCAUGGAGUGGAGUUUAUUUAUAUUAAUUUUUUUCAUUAUUUUGAAAGUAAGCUGAAUUGCCUUAUUAGUUUUGAUUUUAUUUUGUAACAGGCUGAAAACUAGUUUUAGCAUAGUUUCGUAAUAACUACUCCAGAGAAUUAAGAACUACAAAAUUAGUUAAGUCUUUAUUACCUCUCCAAAUGGGAAGGCUCAUAAUCAUGACUUUAAAACUCAUAGCUCGCUGAGCCCUACAAAUUAUUAAAACUCAAAACCCAACACUUGUUUAAGAAAAGGUACUUUUAACUCAAAAUUGCUUAUAAAAGUGUUGUCAAUUCUUAGCCAAACCCUGUUUUUGUUCAUUUCUAGCAUAAUUGGUGACCAUUACUUUGUAUUCUCUUAAGGAACACUUGAAUAUAAAAUUAAAAUUUAUCCUUAAAGAUUAUUUUUUAACAGCUUUUAGUACGGAGCGUUUGUAAAUAAUGUAAACUUUGUAAAAAUUGUAUUUGAAAUGUCAGUGUUUAUAAUUCUUGCUUUUAUAACAUUGUAAAAUACUAGAAAAGAUCUUGUUAUUUUUAAUAGUUUUUAAAAGAUUUUUAAGUUUUAAAAAAAAAAAUCCCAUUUGGUCUCUAUUCCCUGUUGGGAAUGCAUUAUCUGAAGCACUAACUAAUUUCUGUGCAUUACAGCAGUUUCCUAGAUGAACCUUUCGACUCCGUCGAGUUUGCAAACAGAAGUGUCAUUUCUCCUCUCGGUUGAUGCACAGCUCAGUUACACACUCUGCAUUAUCUAAGACUGAAUAGAGAACCUGCUCAUUUGUCGACAGAAUAGAUCCAGUACGUUUGCCUAAUUAAUUGUAUGUAUUUCUUCUCUGGUGCCUAUUGUUAACCAAUGUUUCCGUGUCGAUAAGCUUGUAACUUCUUAAAUGAUGUAAUUAUGUUUCACAUAGUUAUCUCCAGAAUAUUAUAUUUUCAUGUGAAAUCAACUUCUUUUGGCUCAAAAAAAAUGAAACUUAAUUUUAAGCAGUA